AUGCAAGAGGAUGGCGGGAACGCGUCGUGUAAUGCGAUAGAUUUGGACCUAAAUGAGGCUGGUGAAGAGCCCGAGGUGGCCAAACCUCGAGAGGAAGCUAGAGCGGGCGAAUCGGCUGAUGUAUUGGAUGCAAGUAGCGGUCUUGAUCUGAAUCAGGAGAGCCCCAGCCCACCCCCGCCCAAAAUCGAGAUCAAGAUCGAGCCUGCAGCCGAGCCACCCACUGUUGUGCCAGGGUCCCCCACCCCCGGCCAAGCGGAUGCCGAUGCCGAGGAGCGUCGCCUGCGGGAGCUCCUGCUCGACGGCGUGAGCAAGAGCGAGGCCCCGCCCACGUACAUCCGCUACUCGGACAUCACCGUGGUCGAAUUCGCGCGCGUGUCGAGCGAGAAGCAGGGCGACAUCCAGGGCGGCAGCCGCACAUUUGAUUUGGUCGUCUACACCAAGGGUGGCAACGACGUCCAAUUCACCGGCAUGCAGAGAACUGAAUUCAAGGCGCUGGUGAACUUCAUUCAAUCGAAGGGCAUCAAGAUCAAGAGGAUCUCUCACAUGGAGGCUGGCGCGGACACUUCCGGUGCGGAAGCCGACCUGGUGGCCUCCUCCGGUGCCGUCGACGACGGCAGCAGUUCCGAGGACGACGACUUCAUCGCCAAGGACGAAAUGGAGCCCGAUGAAGAGUUUGACGAGGGAGAUGCUGAGGCGCUCGAGGCGGAUGAGGUCGACGAGGUGGACGACACCUCGGGCCGAGGCAAGAGGAAGCGGGAGGAGGCCGAAGCCAAGCCCAAGCCCAAGGGCGAGAGGGAGACGCAGACCAAAAAGGGCAGGCUCCGACAUGGACGAAUGAGUGAUUGA